GCUGGACCGGCUCAGCGCCGCUCGGUUUCCCCGUGCGAUCCCGGCUCGCUCUGGCCGGGCGGCGGCGGCGGCAGCAAGGGGAUGGGGGCCCGCUUGGGGAAGUGGGUGAAGAUCGAUGAAGAUUAUUUUUCUUUUUAAGGAUUCCUUAGGUUCCUCCCGCCGUCUCUCCUUAGAGCCUUUUCAGAGGAGAUCGUGAACCAGAGUCCGGGAUGUAAAGAGAGGAGGGAAAACGCCACGCCUGGAGCUCCAGCCAGCCGGGGAGACCCUCCUCUCGGCGGAGGGGAGGGGGAUUUCCAGCAAGACAUCAUUGGCGAAGGGGAUCGUCGCAGGGAGAGGAGUCCCCAGGGAUCGGGAAUCCCCCAGCCCUUUGUGGUGCCUGCUGAACGGGUCUAUGGGAGCUAGUGUGGCCAUGGAAAUGCCUGCCCCAGAGGGAUGUCACUUUAGCUGACCUUCCACGGCUCAUUGUGUUGAAGACUCUGACUCCACAGCUGUGUUCAGUUCAAAAUGGCAGAAAAGGCUCCCCCGGGGCUAAACAGGAAGACUUCAAGGUCAACACUCUCUCUUCCACCAGAACCUGUGGACAUCGUCCGGAGCAAAACGUGUUCACGGAGAGUCAAAAUCAACGUGGGGGGCCUGAACCACGAGGUUCUGUGGAGAACGUUGGACCGGCUGCCCAGGACACGCCUGGGGAAGCUGCGCGACUGCAACACGCACGAGAGCCUCCUGGAGGUGUGCGACGACUACAACCUGAACGAAAAUGAGUACUUCUUCGAUCGGCAUCCAGGCGCCUUCACUUCCAUUCUGAAUUUCUACCGGACAGGGAAACUCCAUAUGAUGGAAGAGAUGUGUGCUCUCUCCUUCGGCCAGGAGCUAGAUUACUGGGGCAUUGACGAGAUCUACCUAGAGUCCUGUUGCCAAGCCAGGUAUCACCAAAAGAAAGAGCAAAUGAAUGAAGAACUGAGGCGUGAGGCAGAGACCAUGCGAGAGCGGGAGGGAGAAGAAUUUGAUAACACCUGCUGCCCCGAGAAAAGGAAGAAGCUGUGGGACUUGCUGGAGAAGCCCAACUCCUCGGUGGCUGCAAAGAUCUUGGCCAUUGUGUCCAUCCUGUUCAUCGUACUCUCCACCAUCGCUCUGUCUCUCAACACCCUCCCAGAGCUCCAGGAGACCGAUGAAUUCGGGCAGGCCAGUGACAACCCCCAGCUGGCACACGUGGAGGCGGUGUGCAUUGCUUGGUUUACCAUGGAGUACCUGUUACGCUUCCUCUCCUCGCCAAACAAGUGGAAGUUCUUCAAAGGCCCGCUCAACGUCAUCGACUUGCUGGCCAUCUUGCCCUAUUACGUCACCAUCUUCCUCACGGAGUCCAACAAGAGCGUGCUGCAGUUCCAGAACGUGCGGCGCGUGGUCCAGAUCUUCCGCAUCAUGCGCAUCCUCCGGAUCCUGAAGCUCGCCAGGCACUCGACGGGCCUGCAGUCCCUGGGCUUCACCCUCAGGCGGAGUUACAAUGAGUUGGGCUUGUUGAUACUGUUUCUGGCCAUGGGGAUCAUGAUAUUCUCCAGCCUGGUGUUCUUCGCGGAGAAGGAUGAGGACGCAACCAAGUUCACCAGUAUCCCGGCAUCCUUCUGGUGGGCCACCAUCACCAUGACCACCGUGGGCUACGGUGACAUCUACCCAAAAACAUUACUGGGGAAGAUCGUGGGCGGCCUCUGCUGUAUCGCUGGGGUCCUGGUGAUUGCCCUUCCCAUCCCAAUCAUCGUGAACAAUUUCUCUGAGUUUUACAAGGAGCAGAAACGCCAGGAGAAGGCAGUGAAACGGAGGGAGGCUCUGGAGCGGGCCAAGAGGAAUGGAAGCAUCGUCUCCAUGAACUUAAAGGAUGCCUUCGCUCGAAGCAUGGAGCUGAUCGAUGUGGCCGUGGAGAAGACAGGGGAGCCGGCCAAGACCAAGGACCCCACCGACGACAAUCACCUGUCGCCCAGCCGGUGGAAGUGGGCCAGGAAGGCUCUGUCGGAAACCAGCUCCAACAAGUCCUACGAGAACAAGUACCAGGAGGUUAGCCAAAAAGACUCCCACGAGCAGCUGAACAACACCUCCGCCUCCAGCCCGCAGCAUCUGAGCGCGCAGAAGCUGGAGAUGCUGUACAACGAGAUCACCAAGACCCAGCCCCACGGCCACCCCAACGCCGACGGCCAGGAGCAGCCCGAGCGGCCGUCAGCCUACGAGGAGGAGAUCGAGAUGGAGGAGGUGGUGUGCCCGCAGGAGCAGCUGGCCGUGGCGCCCGCCGAGGUGGUCAUGGACAUGAAGAGCACCUCCAGCAUCGACAGCUUCACCAGCUGCGCCACCGACUUCACCGAGACCGACAGGUCGCCCCUGCCCCCGCCCUCCGCUUCCCACCUGCAGAUGAGGUUCCCGCCCGACCUCCUCCCGGGCACCGAGGAGCCCCACAGGGCCAGGGGCCCCCCUUUCCUGACACUCGCCAGAGAGAGAGGCCCGGCGGCCCGGGGUGCCUCCCUAGAAUACGUCCCGGUCAAUCUAACUGGGCACCUCGAUGCCAGCGGUUCCCAAAGCGGGCUCCACGGCCCUGGGCCCUCUGACAGUGCCCCCGGGAGCCCUCGGAGCUCCCUGAGAGGCAGCCACCCCCUGAAAUCCAGGUCGUUCAAAGUGAAUUUCAAGGAGAACAGAGGCAGUGCCCCGCAGACCCCGCCCAGCACAGCCAGGCCGCUGCCGGUCACGGUGGCCGACUUUCCCACCGCUGCCCCGCAGCUCAUCAGCACCAUCCUCCUGGAGGAAAACCCCCCGCAGGCGGACAGGCCCCUGCUGGGGACGGAGGUGUCCGCGCCUUGUCAGGGACCCGCCCGAGGGCCGAGCCCCCGGUUUGCCAAGCAGAAACUCUUCCCUUUCCCAUCGAGGGAGAGGAGCAGCUUCACCGAGGUGGACACCGGGGACGACGAUGACUUCCUAGAGCUGCAAGGGCCCGGGCAGGCCGGGCAGGCCGACCCCAGCCCUAACUGCUUCGCCGAGAAGCCUAGCAAUGGGAGAGACCCUCUGAGGGAAGAGGCCUGUGCAGGCUCUUCCUCCCCCCAGGACACAAGUCACAACUGUAGGCAAGACGUUUACCACCACGCCGUGGCUGACGUGAAAAAGGACAGCAGCCAAGAAGGGUGCAAAAUGGAAAACCACCUGUUCGCCCCAGAAACACAUUCCAACCCAGGAGACACAGGUCACUGUCCCACACGUGAAACCAGCAUGUGACUAGUUACAAAAGCAAUAAAAAAAGAAGAAAAAAAAAACUUGUUUCUUAAAAUUACGGUUAAUAAUGCCUGUGAACUAACACAUGGGACGCUCGCCUCCUCCCCCGACCCCCCUCAAAAAAAGUGCAUAAAAUGUUAUUUUUGCAUGGCAUGAGCAGUUUAGUUUAAGUACUGUUUAAAUAAAGAGCCAAGACUGCUUUUUUGUAACAAACAGACAAAAAUGACUGAGGAUCGGUGACCAAAUAAAGAGAGCUCCGCGAGGAGCCGGUAUUCUG